AUGAGCUACCCAGGUUAUCCUCCUCAGUCGGGCGGUUAUCCACCCCAAGGCGGUGGCUAUCCACCCCAAGGCAGUGGCUAUCCACCCCAGGGCGGUGGCUAUCCACCACAGGCGGGAGGCUAUCCACCCCAAGCCGGGGGCUACCCACCACAGGCAGGAGGCUACCCCCCACAGGCGGGCGGCGGCUACCCACCUCAGGCGGGUGGUUACCCUCCUGCAGGAGGUGGUUACCCACCAGCGGCAGGUGGCUACCCUCAACAGGGUGGCGGCUACCCUGCGCCACCUGGAGGUUAUCCACCUCAGGCUGGAGGAUACCAACAACCACAACCAGGAGGCUUUCCAUCCAUGCCUCAAGGAGGUGGAGGCUGGGGAGCGGCACCAGGAGGUUAUGGCGCGCCAGGUGGAGCUCCACAGGGAUACCCAGGGGGUGCGGCACCAGGCCAGCAACCCAUGCCCAACUACCCUAGCGGAGGUGGAUAUGGAAGCGGAGUUCCAACCAAUCCUCAAGCACCCGCCAUCCCUACAGGCUACAGGGGCUCUAUUAAGGAUUUCCCCGGAGCAGAUCCACUCAGGGAUGUGGAAGUUCUUCGGAAGGCCAUGAAGGGUUUUGGCACGGAUGAAAACGCCAUCAUUGAGCUUCUAGGAAGUCGUACCAACAAGCAGAGAGUUCCCAUGGUGGCAGCCUACAAAACAACUUAUGGAAAGGAUUUGGUCCACGAUCUCAAGUCUGAACUGACUGGAAACUUUGAGCAUCUGGUUCUUUCCAUGAUGAAGAGCCCGGCGCAUUUCGACGCGUCAGAACUCAGAGAGGCGAUUAAGGGUGCUGGGACAGACGAAGCCUGUCUGAUUGAAAUUCUCUCGUCUCGCUCCAACUCGGAGAUUCAGGAAAUUGCGAGGAUUUACAAACAAGAGUAUGGUAAAAGUCUGGAGGACGCCAUCAACAGUGACACCUCCGGUCACUUCCGAAGACUGCUGGUAUCCCUCUGCCAGGGCAACCGUGACGAAAGGGAAAACGUGGACAUAUCGCUCGCCAAACAGGAUGCUCAGAAACUGUACGCUGCGGGGGAGAAUAAAGUGGGCACGGAUGAGUCGCAGUUCAACGCCAUCUUGUGUGCCCGCAGCAAGCCUCACCUACGGGCUGUUUUCCAGGAGUACCAGCAGAUGUGCGGUCGAGACAUUGAAAAGAGCAUCUGUAGGGAAAUGUCAGGAAACGUGGAGUCUGGCAUGGUGGCAGUGGUGAAAUGCAUUAAGAACACUCCUGCCUACUUUGCCGAGCGACUGCACAAGGCCAUGCAGGGUGCCGGGACCAAAGACAGGACCCUGGUCCGGAUCAUGGUGUCCCGCUCCGAGAUUGACAUGCUUGACAUCAGACAAGUGUAUGUGAGGACUUAUGGGAAGUCUCUUUACACUCACAUCUCUGGUGACACCUCUGGUGACUACAAGAAGCUGCUGUUGAAGCUUUGCGGAGGUAAUGACUAA